GAGCCGUGAGUGAGAUCACACUCGUCGACUCGUCUCUUUUUUGUUGUUCCCGAGACGACACACGCGUAGUUUGAGUUUAAUUUUGUAUCUGUUGUAAAUUUUAUGGAUUAAAAACUGUGUUUUGAGGACGGCCAUCGCAAGGAAUUUAGUUCUUCUUUGUGGUACAAACUCUACCAAAGUUUCCGUUUAACUCUAGCUAUGGAAGGUAUGGAUCCCAGGGAUGAGCUAAUUAGGGACCAAAGGGAUAGCCUCAUCCUAGCGAGAGAAAGAAUUGCCAAAUUAGAGAUGAGAUUAGAGAGGUAUAAGGAGGCGAAUUUAAGACUUGACCGCGAAAAUGAGCAAUACGAGGCGACUCUGAAGAUGUACAUCGAUCGAGAAAGAGACAGGAAUCGGAUGAACAGCGAGUGGAUGGAGGAAGACCAGACUGGGACCGAAAUUAAUACAAAUUUUCGGUACGAUGAGCCUUACUCCAUUGGCUCUCAGGAUCUCGAGCGGAGGCGACCCCAAAUCUUAAAUUUCUUAAGCACAGCCCAAGACAGCGAGGCAGGCUCAGCCCACGGUCCACUACCAAGGCGAGAAAGAAAUCUCCACGGCAUACCUAGAUUUGAGCCGUAUAAUCCCAGCCAGCGACCCAGCUAUGUACGGAUGAGGACACCAGAAAGAAAUCCAACUGGGUCAUCAUGUUCGGACACCUCUAGAACAGACCCAACACGUCCGCGGAGCGACAUCCCCUCGCUCUUUGACCUGAAGCUGCAAGCACCAGCAGGGCUACGCAACGAGACGCUCCACUGGUUGAAGGAAGAUGCCAGAGCAGGAUGCUGGAAUUGUGGAAGUACAGGCCACUGUUACCAGGAUUGCAUGGAGGGUAACAGAGCAAUCUUCUGUCACGGCUGCGGUGAACCCGGAGUGCGGACUCGAAGCUGUCCCUUCUGCAGAAAGGAUGAUCAGCCGAUCCUCAACCCUCUUAUGACCCAAAAUUUCCCUGAACAAUGGAACCCUUACCCCUAAUAAACCCUAUGACCCUGUACUCAAUAAAUGUACCUCUGACCUCAACAUUACCAGAGUUUUGAACACUUAUCCCCAGUAUGUCCCUUUUAAGCUUUAAAAAUUCUACCCGUUUAGGACCCUGAUUAAAACCCAACUGAAUCCACUUAUGGAUUCAGUGGGAUUUAGAACCACUUAUUCGUAACCCCUUUUGACCCUAGUUUCUGCCAAAAAUACAUUUUGAUUAUUCAUUGUCCUCAUGCCUAUUAACGUUAUUUUUCUUGGUUGAUUUUGCUAUUUUCUAUUGCAUAUCUACUUUUUCACUGAUUGAUGAUCGCUAUGAUUCUUAUUUUAUUUUGUGCCUAUUGCAUUAUUCGCGAUCAAUUUCCGAAUAUUGCUGUUCUCAUGUUGAUUUUGAGGUUACCCUUCUGAUUGUUAAAUCACGACCACGCCUUAAAGUUUGAUUAUACUUUGUGAUUUGGCCCUUCGAACCCUCUUUUUGACCAUUACUAUAACAAUGAACUAAACUUUUUAUUAUUCUUUUUGAUAACCCUUUGGAGCCCUUUUUUAUCAAUUCUGAGUACCUAUUUGUUUUAUGAAUUGUGACUAUCUUUUUGUUUGCUCCUUUUGGUUACCCAUUUUUUAUUUUAAUUACGACCACCCCGAUAAAAAUGACCUGAUUAUAAAUUGUAGUUACCUCUUUUUGAUUACUCUUUUCUCUGUUGUAACUGUGACCAUUUUUUUUUAAUUUGACCAUUCCGUAGAAUUCUGAUUACCCUUUUUUGAAUUACCCUUUUCAAGUUAUAUGAGACUAUCCCCUUUAACCAUGGGCAAGCCCUAUAAUUUGGUUCCCCUUUUUAUAGUAUUACCCCCUUUCUUGAUUACCCUAUUGAUUAAACUUAACUUAUGACUAUACCCUCUGUUUUGACCCAUUUUGGUUCAGCCCUCGAUUGCCCCUUUUUACAUGAACUUUUGUUGUUGAUAUAUUCUGAUUUUGAUUACCCCCUUUCCUCUCCGAACAUGGUUAUACCCCUAUGAGUACGAUUACGAUGAUCGGAUUGGGUAACCUAAAAAAUUAGUAGAUGUUUACUAAAAGGUUAUGUCAACAUUUCCGUAGGUAAUUUUAUUUAGAAAAACUUCGUUGAGUAAACGAAAGGAAGGACCUAAAAUCUUAUAGAUUAGUUAGGUUAGGAUAUAGAAUUAGUUGUAUAUAUGUAAAUUGUGAGCUUUGAGGUGUCACUUUUCUGAAAAAGAUUAUGUAACUUAGCGUAGAACUUUCAUAGUAGAUGCUGCUAGGAAGAUACAUAUUAUGGGAAAUUAAUAAACUUA